UAUGUAGCUGGUUCCUCAUAGGUUAUAGACCUGAACCAAAAUCCUCUUUUUCUUCUCAAUAAAUAAAAAAAAAAAAAUCCCCUUUUCUAAAUUCUUGAGAUUGGAGACAGAAUCCAUGGAGUUUUAUGCUUAUCCAUCUCAUUCUUUGCCUUCUUCUUCUUCUUUCUCAUUUUCAUUCAGGAAUUUGGCCGAUAAAGUUAAACAAUAUUUCAGCUUUGCAGUUUCUGCUAUUAUUGGAAAUGUAUUCUCUGCAAUCUUCACCUUUUUCUUUGCACUAGUGGGUACUUUAUUAGGAGCUAUGACUGGAGCCUUGAUAGGCCAAGAGACUGAAAGUGGAUUUGUUAGAGGGGCUGCAGUUGGUGCAAUAUCUGGAGCUGUUUUCUCCAUUGAGGUCUUCGAGUCAUCCCUUCUCCUAUGGCAGUCUGAUGAAUCUGGCAUUGGGUGCCUCCUUUAUUUGAUCGAUGUCAUUGCGAGCCUGUUAAGCGGCAGACUUGUUCGUGAGCGGAUUGGUCCUGCUAUGUUAAGUGCAGUGCAAAGUCAGAUGGGAGCUGUUGAAACGACAUUUGAAGAGGUCCCCAACAUAUUUGACACUGGGGGUGCCAAGGGUUUGCCAGGAGAUUCUGUUGAAAAGAUACCAAAGAUUGUGAUCACGGACGAUAACAAUGUCGAUGAUUCUGGCGAGCGAGUUUCUUGUUCCGUCUGCCUUCAGGACUUUCAGAUUGGGGAGACUGUUAGAAGUUUACCUCAUUGUCACCACAUGUUCCACCUACCAUGCAUCGACACAUGGUUGGUGAGGCAUGGAUCUUGUCCAUUGUGCAGAAGGGACCUGUAAACUUUCUGUUCUUGUAAAUUAUACAUUAGUAUAUAGGGUUUCUAUUUAUUCAAUUAAACCCUCAGUUAUACCAUUUUUCCAAACAGCCACAUGUAAUUAGCACGAGUUUGUCACGCUUAGUUCAGUCUUGUACUUGAUCAUCAGUCUUGUAAAAAAAUUUUGAGGUUUAUGAUAGUGAUCUGAUUCCCUAGUGCUUUCUCGUCA